CAGACGUCAGAUCCCCGUGACACUUUAUUAAACCCCCCACACUUUGCAAUUUGCAUCACGUAACCCUCCCUUCAUCACUCUCUCUCUCUACUCUCUCACUCUCUCUCUCACACACACACACACACACUCAGCUAGCAGGUUCUGUUUUCCUAAUCUGCCACACAAAACCACUGCUACACUCUAGCUAGCUAGCACCUACACUUCAGCUAGUAAAUAGUACACACAUCAUCAGGACACUUGGAGCUGCAUAAAUCAUCAUCAAGCAUAAUAAGAACAAAACAAUGCCCACUUCAGCUUCAUUUUUGAGUGAGCUUAGUUCAAAGGAAGCUUGGAAAUCCACAUCUAACAGGUGGAGUGCAAAGAAGAGCAGAUAUAGCAGCAGUGGUUGUGAGGCAAGUCUGAGUCAGAUGGAAGGGUUUAACAUGCAGUAUGGGAGUGAGGACUGUACUGGGGUGGUGGUGAGGAAGAGAGUCAUGGUUGUUGUUGAUGGCUCUUCACAUUCCAAGCAUGCUAUGUUGUGGGCACUCACCCAUGUUGUUAACAAGGGUGACUUGUUGACUCUGCUUCACAUAGGCUAUGAAUCUUCUUCUUGCUCCAAUUAUCUUCUCAAUUAUUUUGAAUCCCUUUGCAAAGAUUGCAAGCCUGAGGUGGAAGUGGAACCACUUGUAAUCCAAGGACCGAAACUGGCCACAGUGAUGAGCCAGGUGAAGAAGCUGGAGGUCUCUGUUCUGGUACUAGGCCAAAAGAAGCCAUCUUCUCUGUUAAGCUGUAUUUGUGGAACCAGCAACAGCAGCACAGAGGAGUUUGUGGAGCAUUGCAUCAAUAAUGCAGAGUGCUUGACAAUUGGAGUGAGGAAGAGAGGCCAAGGCACCAAUGGCUACUUUAUCAGCACUAGGUGGCAGAAGAACUUCUGGCUUUUGGCUUAGAUUAGUUUGAAGUUUAGUUGCUUCUACUUAGUUAGGAUCUCAUAAGGGAAAAAUGGUGGGGGAUAAAUGGGGGAAAUUCACCUUAAUAUUUGAGUUGUCAUCUAUAAUCUAUUUCACCAUGUAACUAGUUCUAACUAUAUCGUACUUCCACUAAUGUAAUCACUGUUGUCUUUCUAAGACCAUGGUAUCUGAGUAUAUGAAUAAACAAUAUUUCAAUUCA